AUGGCCGACUCCCCACCCUCAACACCCGACACUCCACGAACUGCCUCGCCGCUACCUUCCGAGAGGGACCUCGCCCGCGCCUUUUCGCCCUCCUCAGACGAUGCGCAUACCGCCGAGAUGCAAGCUCACGCCGAGGGUGUGUGGAUGAGCGCCCCAGCGCCGAGCAUGGUGAAUGCGACGGAACCAGCUGAGCAGGGCGUAGAAUCGAAGGGGAAGGAGAAAGCCACCAAGGGCCCACUGAAGUUGCUGGACCUGCCUAUGGAUAUCCUGAAGGAAAUCAUACACCAGCUUCCACACACAAACGACCUCACCUCGCUCUGCCUCUGCCACUCAGCCCUCCAUCGUCUCACGAUCCCGUGCAUAUACUCGCGUUUCGACAUUGUGUGGCCGGACGAGAGCACCCACAACGAGCCUCGCGCCGGCGUGGACGCCCUUACCUAUGGCCUGGCGACACUGGUCAUGGGCGACGACUGCUUCCCUCACCAGAACCGGCUGCGACUACAGGGACAGACGCCAACUUCCAUACUGAGGACUGCCGCAAACCCAUACCCCGUACCGCAGCGGCGGUUCGGCAACUACUACGGACAGUUCACAAAGAAGUUCUCACUCGGCAAUGGACCGCAAGCAUGGGUUCAGGAGUACAUGAUUACAAAGGAAGGCGGAAAGAUGCUGGGAACGCUGGUAGCGCUUGCCAUUGCGCGGAUGGUCAACCUCGAGACAUUCGUGUGGGACAUGCCUACCGGUGUGCUUCGCGAUGUCUGGCUUGCCCUGUCAAGCCUCGCGCACAGGAGUGAUGGCGAGGAAUGCCGCCUGGACCGGCUCUGGAUACGAUGGCACGACAACACAAUUGACGCGCCAAUCCCACCACCCGCACCGCCCAUGAUACUCAACAACCAGAACCUACCUCCGCCCCCAAACACUACGCAUCCAAGCGGUCUUGGCACCGUGCAGGCUCCCAUAGUCGUAGUGCCCCCGUACGCACCGAGCAGCAUAUCUGCCCUAGAUCGAGUUGAGCACCCUACCUUUUCCGCCAUACCUGCGCUGAAGAGUUUGAGUGUCUUGGAUAUCGACGAACUGCCAUACCUCGAUGAGAUGAGCAUCCUGAUCGCAAGGUCCCAGAGGAAGCUACGCGAACUAAGAAUUGGCAUAGCUGCUCACGCACAGCAGCGAGACUGGGUGACGGUUUGGGAAGGUGAAGGUCUGCAGCAAGUCGACUACAAUGCUACAACGACGGCAGCCUCUUCAAUAGGAGAAAAGAGGCUAGGAGGUAUUCUGGGUAUCCUUGUUGGCCGCAUACACAACAUGCGCCAUUCAGAAGAGUCUUCGUCUCGCAAGUCUGGCGCUACUGGUGUCACGGAGCGAUCAGUGGAAGCAACGCCGGCCAAGUCGGCCGCAUCCUUACCCCUGCCAUCUAUCGCCUCGCUCUCGUUACAAGAACGGGAUCUGGAGCAGGACGUAGACCAUUUUGGUAACCCGAUGGAAGACAACUCUAUAACGGAGGGCGUUAGUCUGUUUAGCGACAACCAGCCGAAUGGUUCUGACCAAACUGCACAGACUGCCAACACAGACAACUCGGCUUCGAAGACAUAUGCAGAGUCUCCUUCUCACGGCGAGACCACCAAUUUACAAGACGAGCCCUUACUGACUGGCAAACUGAAGCUAGAAGUCUUGGAACUCGAACGCGUUCCUCUCUCCGUUCCUGUUCUUCGCAGAGCCUUUGACUGGUCGAUUCUGUCGACAUUGACUCUUCUCCAUUGCAGCAACCACGAACAACUGUGGAAGAUACUGCGAAGGACAUAUACCCCUCGUCCCCCUUACCCCGGCUCACCAUCUUCGUCCAAGGCGUACAAGGCGUCUUAUACUCUCCGGACAGAGUAUCAACUCAACCUCAAGCGAAUUCACACCAAUACCGUGUCCCCAUCGCUGAUCACUUUCCUUAAAGAAACACUGGCGCCCAAUAGUCUUGAGGUGCUCUUCCUCCAAGAAGGCCGGUCUUACUCAUCUACGGUGACAGUAGACGCAAUCUACAAGGGGCCGUUGAAGAGACACCGAGGUAGUCUGAAGAAAUUAAUGAUUGACAGUGGUGAGAAAGGACCAGACGGACAUACGAGUGCUAGUUCGAGAUGGAGACGAUGGAUGCUCAACCGUGAGAUUCUGACAUACAUAACAAGCGGUCGUAUGAACAGCCUGCGCGAACUCGCGGUGUCUAUUGAUUACAAGGAUUGGCAUCACUUUCUUCAGCGUCUUCCGUACAUACCUCACAUUCGCUCUCUUUAUAUUCCCUUUAUUGCGGACCACGCACAUGGCAGCAACAUAGAUCCGCGCGAGCUCGCCUACCAGAUCCUCGACAUUGUGCACCUGCGACCGGAAAUCGAGCUCUGCUACAUGGGUCUGUCUACGAAGUGCUUCGAGAUACUGGAGAACCGGCCGUCGAACUAUGAUCUACGGCACGAUGGUAUGCACGCUGAUGGUAGCGGCUCUGCCUACGCAACACACGAUCCCAUGCUUUCUGACGACGAGAGCGAAGCCACGGAAGACGAAGACGACGACGACAUGGACGAAGGCGCUAUACCGCCCGGUGGUGACGACACAGAGAGCGAAGCGAGCGAUGAUGUGGAUGUGGAAAGCGAUGACGAAUCGUUUGUGCAAGACUCGCAGAGAGGCCCCAAGCUACGUGUUCGGGAGAUACUCUUCUACGAGGAACGAGUCGAGGCGUUCAGAAGGCGGCACGGCUGGGGCCCACAGCGUCUCCGUCCCGCCAUGGACCAUUCGACCCUCGUCUUCGCGUCCGUCUUCCCAGUCCUCUCCUUCUCACAUAGCACGCCGACGCCGGUUGCGACACCGGAUCUGGGUCAUAUAGCGCCAGGUACCUCGUUUGGGAGUCCCUAUGCUCUGCGGAAUUCUGAGAGCCGGACGCCAGCGCAAGCACAGGGCCAGGGACAACACAGAGCAGUCAAGCGCAACAUAGCAUGGAGCUGCGCAACACGAUUCCUGAGUUUACCAAAGGACGUCAAUUGCGUUUUGAGAACACAAAAGAAUAGAGAAGUUGAAGAAGCGCUGAGCUUUUUGUUGAAUGGAGAGGGCAAGAGUGAUGAUGGGAAGGAAGAGACUCUGGUUGAAUGGUAUACAAACGAGUGCAGGUUACACUUUGCGAACCACAUUCGGCCAGCGCUAGAAGAUCUAUGGAGGGACGAGGUUGAGCUCGAGCGGUCGUGGGAUAUUCUUGACGAAACCCAGCGCAUCCUCGAGCAAGUGCAGAACGCGUAUCUCCAACCUUUCACCGAGCACUUGCUGCCCCUUGUACGGCAAAACGCCAGUAACACGACCCUUCGGCCGAGCAGAUCUACACAGAUAGCUGACUCAGAUACUGCGAGUGUAGCCGAUUGGAAGUUCCGCCGGGAUGUACAAGCUGUCUUUGCACAUUGUCUGCCACUACAACGAUAUGGGAAAACGCUGAGCUAUGUUCUUUACGACGCAGGAUGCCGUUUGUUUCGCAUAUAUACCCAAAACGACGGUAUGCAGCCGAGUACCACGCCCGAGAACACGCAAGAGUUCAGGAAGCGGAUGACCAUGCUGCUACAAAGCCUCGAGCGCGUUGGGCUUGGUGGUGAUAGUGCACAGAAGGCUUUUGCACAUGCGAUGAACAAGCUGUUUGACUCCUUCAUCACAAGCCACUACUUAAAGGUAGAUUGGUACUCCAAGAAGUCCAUCGUGCCGCAGUUAAGGUUGUGGAUUCAAGACGGCUUCUGUCCGCUUGUCGAACUAGUAUUGGAAUGUCUGCGGUGCGAGCAGAGCAAUAUCCAACCCACCGAACUGACCUCAUGGCAAGAGAUGGCGCUGGGUAGGUUGGGGCGAGCAAGAGUCGACAACUUGUUCGAUUUUGUCAUCAACUGGGACAAGAGUCUGGGUGCCAUACUGGACAUCAAAGAGUAUCUACGAGUUUCGAACGCAAAGCAGCAUCUUACUUCGAGCUUUUCCCAGCAAGUAUCGAGACGACUACUACAUCCUGGGGCUACGACCACUUACAUACUGAACGUCUACAUAUUUAUCAUUCGAUCAUUCCACGAGCUAGAACCCAAGGGCGUACUUUUAGAGCGCGUAGCUAGACCGAUCAGGCGGUACCUAAAAGAGCGUGAAGAUACAGCACGAAUCAUCAUAUCAAGUCUACUUACUGAUCUCAGCGAUGAGACGGGCAGUAAGUUCUCAUCGAACAGCGAGCUUUCAUAUGAGAUUGCUAGUGAGAUGGGAAAGCCGUUCGCAAACUACGGACAGGAUACUGAUGAGGAGCUCAACUGGAACGACAUGAACUGGCAGCCGCUCCCACAAGACGCAUCACCAGACUAUAAAAAGUCAAAGGUCGAAGAUGUGAUAUGGUUUUUGCUAACACUCUGGGAGCGAGAGGAUUUCAUCAAUGAGCUGAAGAACAUAUAUGGAGACCACUUGCUUAGAUGUCAAGACCCUGAGUAUGAGAAAGAAAUCCGACUUUUGGAGCUCAUCAAAGUGCGGUUAGGCGACGACAAGCUACAGGCUUGCGAAGUCAUGCUGCGAGACGUUUUAGAAUCAAAGCGUAUCAACGGUACCAUCCGCACGACAAUCAAUGUACCAACUGCAGCAUCACUCGCCACGCCAGAUCACCGUAGCCUAGAGCCUCGAACGCCAGAUGGCCAACACCCGCGGACACCUCAGCCCCGAAGGCCAACACGGUUAACUCGAAACAUCACUCCCUCUACCUCCAGUGCCGCAACACCCCCUGGUCCCACGCUCAACGCACAGAUUUUAUCAUCAUUCUUCUGGCCCCAGCUUCGCGACGACACAUUCCGCGUACCUGCGCAGAUUGAUGCAUUACAGAAGGAAUACGAGUCACGUUUCGAGCGUAUCAAAGGAAUGCGCAAACUGCGGUGGAUGAAUGCCUUGGGCGACGGCUCCAUAACCCUCACAUUCGACGACCGCACUGAGGACUUUGAUCAUCUCACACCCUGGCAGGUUAGUGUAAUUUAUGCCUUCCAACCUCAGCCCGACGAGGAAACAAAAUAUGCAGACAAAGGUGGCGAGGGCAUAACACGCAGCGUGUCUCAGCUAGAAGAUAUGCUGGAGAUGGACGAAAGCCUCGUACACCAAGCCCUCUCCUUCUGGGUGGGCAAAUCCGUCCUCCGCUUCCACGCCCCAUCCACAUAUUCUAUUAUCGAGUCCCUCCCUAAACCCACAUCUAAGACUGGUGCGCAUGACGCCGACGCUGCAGCCGCAGCAGAAGAACUAGCUACAAUCCAAGCCAACGCUACAAACAACACCGUCAAGUCGCAAAGCGAGAUGCUAGAGGAGAAGAAAGAUGUCUAUACGGCUUUCAUAUUGGGUAUGCUAACAAAUCAGGGUAAUAUGAAUGUGGGCCGCAUAGCUAUGAUGAUGCGGAUGAUGGUUCAAGGCGGAUUCCCGUUUGGACCUGAGGAAGUGAAGAAGUUGCUGGGCGAAUUAGAAGUCGACGGCAAGGUUGUUGGCAUGGGUGGCGAUGUCUGGAGCGUCAGAAGAUGA